AUGAAGAUUACUGAGAUCAUCUCCGUCGUCAUCUUCUGCCUCAUGGUAUCCGUACAUCAGUCAGGUGCCGAGGAGGCUCAAUCCCCCUCCCCGCCCACCUCAUUACCAGGUCAUCUCAAGCCCUUGGCUUCCAAGGCUACCCGUUUCCCCGUCUCAGUGAUCCAGGACUUCCCUUCCCCUUACGAGUUCUUCCGGAGCUAUGUCUACCCUUCCGUCCCCGUCAUCAUCAAGCAAGGAGCGAGGCGUUCGCCAGCCUUCCAGAAGUGGACCGACGAGUACCUGAAGAGCUUGCCCGAGUCCCAGCAGCUGAUCAGAGUGGAGAUGCGGAAGGUUGAGGAAAGACAGUUACCGAGGAUGAACAUGCCCUUCGCUGAAUUCCUGGACAGAUACCAAACCACCGAUGAGUACCUUGUCGCAAGAGUCCCAGAUUUCUUAAAGAGAGAUGUGCUGAUCCCGCCAUCUUUGCAUUGUACUAACGUCACUGCUAAUUUGCUGGAAACAAUGCUGUGGUUUAGUAGCGGAGGUACCAAGUCUCACGUACACACCGACUAUGUUGACAUUAUCAACUGUCUGUUCAGAGGCCAGAAAGACUUCCUCCUCGUCAACUACACGCGCUACAGGCAACAGAUUGUGUUCGACCAUCCAGAAGGCUUCUACUCGAGUGUAGACGUGGAACGAGUCGACUUGAACAAGUUUCCUGGACUGAGGAACCUGGAAUUCCAUGAAGCAAAAAUGCAAGCUGGCGAUUGCAUCUACCUACCGUUCAAAUGGAUUCAUCAGGUGAAUUCCUUCGGUAGCAACGUUGCAGUCAACAUCUGGUGGAAUCACCAGGCCUACGUCGUGCCCUCCCCGGAGUCCUGCGGCAGGCCGGAGCCGGGACUCUCGCUGGCCGAUGUCAGCUUCCCGUACCACGACCAGACGAACGGUGACAUACAGACGGAUCUUCACCCAGAACUGGAUUUCUUCAGGGACCCGUCGGCAACUUUGACGACAUUCAUGGAUGAAGAGGAGACAGAUUCCUUGACAGAGGGGCAGUUUCUCGAAUUUAUGGACACGAUAAUUCCAGGACUUGACCAAGACGACAUUUGGACCGCAGAAGCUUUGAAUGUUGCUCACCAGAUAUUCCAGAUACUAGAUGUUGAUGGUGACGGCAAGAUUACGUCACGUGACACAGACAAGUUUCCAGUAGAAAUCAACAAGUUUGACCCCUUUUCCAUCAAUCUUGGGCAGAAGAUGAUGAUCUUAGGCGAUAUCAUUGACGGCCAGAUUUCGAAACAAAAACAGGAUAUUUUGAGAAAGUCUGAGAAAGAUAUCCCAGAAGAUGGCAACACACCGUCACGUGACCACAGCAGCAAGUUCAGAGGAACCCGUGAUCAGACUUCCAUGCCUAAUCAGGAAUUGUAGUAUAUUAAAGAAGCUUUCCCCGCGCCACUUUGGAGAUUAAUCUCGAAAAAUUGAUGUUUUUUCAAUUGCUAUUUUAAUUUAAAAAAAAGCUGUUCACUUUUGAAUGAGUCAUCGAACGACAAAAAUACACGUAGGCCUACGUCUCAUUACUGAAUUAUUCAAAUUCAAAUUAUUAGCUGCUCAGACGAUAAUUAGUCUUUGUGCGCAAAAUAAAAACCCCUUUUUAUAGGGUUGUAGACGCCCAAAAUCUCGAUACAGUAUUUUUUUCGGUAAAACAAAAAAUAUUAGUUGAAACUUUGUGAGGCGAAAAUAAAAAAUCAAUUCUUUUAAGAGCUAGCAUGGAUAGCUUAUAGGCCUAUAUGCAACAUAAUGCAUUUUGAAGUUCUGUUGAAAAUUUUAAUAACUGUUACUUGCUAUACUCUUGAACUCACAAACCCAGAGAGCACAAUGCACCAAAUGAGCCAAAACAAACAUUACCAUAAACAAGAAGAAAGGGAGAAAAAGUCUAACUAUGGAGGAUUCAGUGCGAGGGUCAGUCAAAGCUGUUGUAAAUUUGAAGGCAGAAUAAAUUUGUUGUAAACAGAAAGUGAUUAAAAUA